GUGUUUUCAUCUCUUGUUGAUGUUGUGUGGCAGCUUGAAUCGACGGAAAUAUGUAUUAAGUCUCACGUUGCUUGCAACUGACUGAAAUUUUUCUGGUUGGUUAUGUUUUCAAAACUCCUGCCUUAUUUUUUUAUCAGAAGCCGCUAAAGAACUAAAAUAUAUGCGUUUCAUUUGCACUAAUAGUUGUAUCGGAUAUUAAUUGAUCAAUAGUAAAAUAGUAACAUACUCUUAAUGUCUUUCGGUGAUUAGCAUCUUGGGAACGGUGUUGUAAAUAUUGGCAGAUCUACUGAUCUGGUUUUGAUUACCAAUUCUAAUCAGCCGCAUCGGCUAUACGUGUUCAUAUGUUUGUUCAUCAAGCCUCCUUACUGGAGUGGUCAGUUUAUAUACGAUGGUACCCAAGACAGUUCCUUUUUUAGCUCAUUCACCAAGUACGAGCCAUACUCAGUGUGAGGGUUUGUGAUACUAAACUGAAGUAGGUAAAGCCGAUUUUUCAAACCAGGAACUUAGAAGUGGAAAGUCGAGCCCGUGGAUCGCGAAGCCACCCCUCAAAACAGUUACCAUGUUAUUAAUAAAUGUAGUAGCAAGUACUGAGAAGUUAUAAACUCAUUGUCUCUUAUAUUUGUAUCUGUCCUAGUAUACCAGUUAAUCUUCACAUACAAGUAUUCAUCUGCGAAAAAUUUGAAGAAAUUUAUUCGACAAUCGCUUUGAUAUCAAUCAUGCAUCAGCUUGCUAACGGGUGUACCUGUUUUUAAAUGCCAUCAAGAAUGCGUAACUGAAUAGUCUAUACAUACUCGGUUCUAAAGUAGGAUCUUUGAGCACAUUUCUGAUGCUAAACAGAUUUAUAUUUAUUUCAGCAGUUAACGUUGUACUAAGUUGUAGAUAGAUUCGUUAUGAAAGUAACAUCCAACAGAAGUUUGGAAAAGGCUAAUGAAUAUCUUCGGCAUUGGACAGACUAGUGGUUGGGUGAAGACCCAUAUUUGCAGUCUUCAAGCAUAAGGAGGAAGCUUGUUGACCAAAUUUCUACUAUGACCACUAGCGAUACUUCUGUUAAGUGUAAGUAAUGGAAAAUAUGUGGAUUAUCGACAAAACUUACCGGUUAGUAUUAAACUGUCGCUGUAAAAGCGAUGGAUAUGUUAGGACAGCUAUCUUAGGGAUAAAUCGCCUCUCAGUUGCAAUCUAAAUAACAUAUUAACAUCCACGUACUAACUUUGACUGGAGUAAAAAUGACUAUAAUAAUGACAAAAUGGCACACUAUACAAUAAAGGAAACUAGCCUAUUCGAUCAUUCCACUUUCCUUUUUCGGAUUCACUUUUUAAAACUCAAUUUAUUUUUAGGCAUUGUCAGCCUUUGAACUACAUUAAAUAUGCUUCUCCAGAAGCUUGGUACUUUAACUGGUGUUAUCUCCCGUAUAAUUCGCUACGUGAUAAUGUUGGGUGCUCCGAUGUGAGCUCGAAAAUAUGGUUUUAGAAGGUAAAGGGAUAUUAUCGUAGUUUCAUUCGCGAGUGUGAUAUCUUGAAUUGCUAAACAUACCGUACGAAUUAAAGUUGUUUACAACUAUGGAGAGUUGGAUCUGAAAUUGUCCCUACUACCUUUUCAGUGUAAUAUUGUCUUAAGCAAUAUGUACAUAAAUUUGAUGGGCAUGUUAUAAAAUUGCUAUUCAGCUAGUUUCACGCACCGAAAAAGAAAUCUGUUGCGCAAACAAUAAUGUAUCAUAAUUGCGUGAUUAAUCAUGAUCGUAAGACUAUUUAUAUCAACAUUUCUGGAAGUCUCUUUAGCAAACUAAACUUUCAAAGUAUUUUAUGUCGUAUCAUGUUAUUCUUACCAGAUAAUUUUGCUACAACGAUCCAUAAGUGCAACUGAUGCAAGUGUAAUCAAACCGUAAUUAUGGGACAUAUUACUGAGUCUUUUUUUGCUGUACGACUAAUGUGAAAGUAGCAAUUAAACAAUCUGGCAUUACUAAAUAUAUCUUCCUGCUCCUAAAAACUAUUUUUACAUCUCAACUCAAUAUAAUGUUCAAGCACAUUGGUGUCCAAAAUUAUCUAGCUCUGACUUAAUAGUCUAGAUAUUCAGCUAAAAGAUUAUUGUUCAGAUCCUACAUCUUUCUGGUUUGGUAAGUAAAGUAACUGCCCUUGAGUGUAGUGAGCGAUCGUAUAUAUAGUUAGCCCAGUAAUAGUUGGUACUUUGUUGUGGUAAUCAGGGUUGACUGUCGUGACGAAUCAGUCGGGCUACGCCCCUAAAUGCCCUAGUACGGCCGAGAGUGCGGAGUCAGCUCUUCCUCUCGAAAUGUUCUCACAUGGCUACGCGUAUACAACCACUACCAGGGAAGUCCUACUCACUGCCUUUUCGUGAGGGGGGUGUUGUUUACGAAACUGAGAGGACGAGAAGCGAAUGUCUGGCGCUUUAAUCGGGUUGGUGGGUAUGAGAGUCCACCUAGUGGAAUUGAAAAACCCUGAUUCCAAACCAAUGGUGCCUAUGGGCUCCAGGAUCCAAAGAGAAUAAGUUGUGUUAAUCACCGACUACCAUGGGACUGCAUCUCCUAAUGUUGCCCCACUGUCUUGUGGAUUAAUCCUGUAGGUCAAAGGCUCGGGGAGCGAAGCCUGAAGGAAACUAUCAGCUUUGCUUUUGGCUCUCGGGAAGUAUUUCAGACCUAGUACAAGUCGAAUGACCUGUGGCGCAUAUAUAUUUGGCGCCUUCUUGUACCGAUGUGUUUAAAUAGAUGGUUUAAAGUAAACACUGUGUUUACUACUAGAUUAGGAAAUAUAUUGUGACAGCUGCUGUUUUACUUGGGAUUGCCCAAAAGCAUUUAUCAACAACGAGGUUUCAUGUGUUAUAUAGCUUGAGUUGAAACGGCUUUCCGUUUAUUUAGUGAUGGAUACGGAACUCAAUUCAUUGACCUAAACACAUCUUUUUAUAUUUCAUUUGACUGUUUUCUCAUAAGUAGCAAAGUAGUGAACUUAUAGGAUCAGGUAAUAUAUGUAAUAUUCGUCAGGUUAGUUUUUCAGCUGUUCAUUAAGUCUACGCGGUUUUAAAUAUUUCAAGCACUGUUCAAAACCUAUCACGUUCUGUACCAUUAUUCCCGAUGGCCUGUUUUCAGAUGAAGGUUUGCACGAAUUCAGGAAGGUUGAUUGGCCUUUGCUAACUUGCAUCACUCGUACCGUAGGUUAGACGUCCGUUUAUCAACCAAAGGACGGGUUGCAUUUCGCUCUGUCCAACUUUAUGUGUGUGUAGCGCAACCACUAAGGAUCGAGGAUAUUCGUAGACUACUAGUAUUUGCCCAUAUAUGUCUCCAAAGCACCCCUCGUGUAUUUUAAGAAUGCCUGGUUUAGGAUACUGGGUUAAAUAUGGCAAAUCGAUUGAUCCUGUAGUCUCCGUCGACUGAGGUGGCUGGGACGUGUAUUACAUAUGCUUACCUCGACGCGGGAUGUCUAGUGUAGGGGUAGGUUGGAAGAAAGCUAGGAGCAUCCAAAACAAGACAUAGCACCAAUCUAUGAAGUUAGUUGUACUGGGCCAUGUUAAUAGGUGUAGGCUACCGGGUUGGGUGCAAAGUGUUUACCACAAUUAAUGGUUAGAGACUGAAUGACAUUUCUAGGAAUCGUUUGCAAUGUUACAUUUACAUUCGCUCCUUGUUUUUAGGACCUGAGUCCCGAAAUCUUAUUACUAUUUUUCUUUUCCUAUGCUUAGUCUUUUCUGUCAAUGCUGAUACUGUUACUUCUUCUACUACUGUCGAAUUUAUUUUGAUAUGAUUUGAUCUCAUCGUGCUGAUGUGGCAAGGUAGCUUAAAACUAUGCACAUGUGUCAGCUUCUACGUUGUAUAUGACUCACUGACUCGAAAAUUUAGUUCUAAACGUUUUUUCAACUAGAGAAAAUGAAUGUUCAAACUCAAGACUUGACAGUAAUUGAAGUAAAUGAGUAGUAGCCUUAGUUGUUUGAACGAAAAUAAUCUGGUAGCUGGAUUUUGAGCUAUCAGUAUGACAACUGCUUAAAGGUAUUUGGUAACAGUUUUAAGUGUAUGACGGUAUCGUAAAUACACUUACAAAUAAACAAACCCCAAGUAACCUACUUUUCUGUUCUUACAUAUCUAUUGCUUUACGCCAGUCAGUCAGUAAGGUAUAUGCAACCUAGAAUCUGACACUUGUGCCGUAUGGCUGUAUCGGUCGCUUUUAAAUUCGCUGCAUGUAAUUUUGUUAUUCUAAUAUAUUCCUGUACAUAUUUGUAUAUUUACAUGUUUAGGUACUGUAUUAAAAUGAACUGAUGCGGUUAACUGGCUUUCAGAUGCCCCUAUCACUACUACCACCAGUAUAUCCAUCAAAAUCACGAGACUCCUUAAACUUAAGUACAGAAAUUCAUCAGCCUCCUGAAUCAGGAGAAAAGAUUAGUAGUGCUGCUAGUGAAGCUGCUUUACAUAGAUGCAGAUUAUAUGAAUUGCGCCAGACGUUCUUGGGGAUCUCUACUUCAAAAGACCCUUGUCCGCAUUGUCAGACAGGAAUCUCUACGUGUACAUAUGUGAGCACAGAUAAUCACUCUUUUUAUACCAGCCCCGUGGGUAGUUUAGGGUGCACUGUUUUAAAUUCAGCAAGGUUUGACCGUGGUUCUUCCAUUUAUGUAAGUACCCCUGAUAUUGAUUGUCUUUCUUCUGCCACUGAAUCAGACAAACUUCGUGAAUCUGUAAAUACGUACCAUAAAACUACUCAGAAGCAGCCUUCACUAAGCUAUUAUCCUAAUGUUGAAUACGAUCAACUUGAUACGGCUGAUCAACUUCCAAGUCCUAAUUAUUCAUCCUUUAUUUAUUCAAAUCCUCUUACAUCAUGUGAAAAAUAUGCGUCUAUAGAAUCUUCAUUGUCUGGGAAAUUUACAGCAAAGCCGAGUUUAUUUAUCAGUGAGACUGGGUUUUGUCCUUUAACUCCAGAAGCCGUUCAUUUAUCCUCAAACGAGUUCGCAGAAAGUUCUAGUCCCUCAAAUUCGGACUGUUCUCAUGAAUAUUUUGCAUCCAAUGAGAAUCUAAACUGUCCGAAGUCCAACAUUAAUAUUACUAGUUUGAAAGAUGUAACAUGGUUAUCUGAACAGUGUAAAAAGAGUGAGGAUAUCCAAAGUUUUUCGCAUCGAUUUAAUAGCAAAAGUUCGGAACCAAGGCACCGGUUUAAUAAAGGUAAAAGUGCAUGUGAUCAAUUGAACCCAAAUUUACAUCAUUCAACAACUAGUUGUUUACCUAUGUCAAACCCUUCAACUAAAGACACAAGAAAGUCAGACCGGGUUAACAGUUAUAAUUUUAAGACUAUCCAAUCAUAUGAUUUACAUAGAGAUGAUACAAGUGAUUGUUCUGUGUCUAUAGAUAGAAUAAAUAAAUACGAUUUUCCUUACAAAAAAAAAUAUGCAUCUAUUUUGCCUGCUAAUCUCGAGCUUAGCACAACACAUUCACAUUGUGAUGACUCACAGCUUCUUUCAUCAACUAAGUCUGUGAUUGGUCGCUGUUUUUCGGUCUCACCCAACCAUCGGUUGUCACACUCAUUAUCUGUUUCUCGGGCCAAUCAAAGUAAUGCAAGGGUUGAUAUGAGUGAAAAAGUUUGCACAAUGGAUAACUCAAACAGCUUCACAAACGGACGUAUUUUUAAGAAAUGUUUUUAUGAUGAUACACAAAAUCAUAUAACAUCGUCAAACCAACCUUCAUUGUGUUCUUCAGUGCUCUAUAAGACAGAUCAGAAAAGAAAAAGUUCUGAAUCACUUUCUUUGAGCGAUACUCAAGAUAUAAUGUAUUUAUAUUCAUAUGGACAUAAUAAUAGUGGUAAAUACAGGAAACAAACAAGUGGACAAAGUAAUCGACCGAAAAGCAAUUACAAUCAGAUGCGUGUCGACUCUAUACUAGAAAAGCAAGACAUAUCGAAAAAAUGUACUAAGCCAGUGUCAAGAAUUACUGCGGAAUGCGACGUUUUUCAGCGGAGUCUUGAACCUAAAAAUAUCCCCGCAGAACAAUCUAGAUCGCAUAGAAACCAGAAUAAAACCUCUUUACAGAAUAGUAUUAUGAUUAGUGUUUCAAAUCAAAGCAGACAAUCAGCUUUGGCACAGGCACAUGCAUUAAAAUGUACUGACGAAGAUGUGAUUUCUUUUGGAACUAGUUUAUCAUCAUUGCCAUCCUCAGCGUUAUCAUCUUUUUGUCCAGGUGACACUUCUCUGGUUACUGCUCAUUCUCGUAACAUUGGUCGCUUGAAAGUGACUCUACCUGGUCUUGGAGUCAAUCAUUUGUCUAAUCGUCAUCACUCAUCCGACUGUUCAACGCGUGGUUCAAUAUCUUAUCAGUCUAAUAGUAAUCAUAAUCCAAAGUCACAAAACCCAAAUUUUAGAGGUACUGUCACAGGAGAUGUUUGUAAGCGACGUCAUGGGAGAUUGAAUACUGAAUCCUCUAAAAGUUGUAAAAACAGAAUAGAGAUAUCUGAAAGCUCUUCUAGUCAAUCGCUUUCUCCAUCGUAUGCCAAUGUAUUACUUCCUGCUCAGUCAUUUGAUUUGUCAUCGGGGUUUCCUUCUUCAGAUAAUCUGUCUACUAAUAGGAAUUUAGAUACCAUUAAUAAGCGCUCACCACGACCUUCAUCAGACCAUUCAAGAACCUAUCAAAAAACGCAGGAUUUGGAGAGAAAAAGUGUGCGUAAAAGUAAUUCUCGACAUAAUUUCAAGCCUGUAAAUAAGGAAUCUCAAAUCCACAAUCUCGUUCCUUCAAAAGUUUGUCGUGUUGGUCAAUACAUAUCUGGGUCUUCUUCACUAUUAUCUGUAAGUAAUCCGGAUGACAUAAAUGAUCCUGAAAAGUCUCCUGUAUAUGUAAGUAAAGAUACACGAGAAUAUGACUAUAUCAGAAAAGACCAUAGAAAAAUUUCAAAGUUGGCUGCAAAAAUAUCUCAUUAUCUGAAAAAUGGUAGGGAGGCAGAGGUUAAAAACUUUGUGAAUAAAAUACUACGUAAACCCGAAUCAAGGCGCGUUGUUGAUGAAUUGAUACGUUUAUGUGGAAAUAAUCUUCACAAAGUUCUCAAUCUUAAUCAAAUGGAGACACUGGAGAAUUUGCAGAAAAAUUCAACUCCUUUGAUUCACCUUGGAGCUUCACUUUCUGACUUAAGGACGUCGUACACGCUUGAUUUCGUUCCGUACAUGAAUGUCGAUUCACAUAGACGAGGUAGUUGUGGAAGCGUACUGUCUUCGCCUUGGAAUAUCACCUCUUACGAUCGUUCUUGGACUCCUGCGUCACAUUAUCGGUCUACUCUUGGGUGUCCCAAUAAAUUAUCACCGUUUCAGAGAAAACGUACUUCCUUAUACUCACCUAAUGCUAUUCGUUACAUUAAGUGGCCUUCUAGUGGAUGUAUUCGAAGCAAACCACCUUCACUGCCACCGCCACCUCCUCCUGUACCUCCAGUUUUGCUCAAAACAACAAUUUUACCACCGGAUGAUCGAAUUCGUGUUAUAGAUAUGCAUGCAAUUGAAGUUACUAAUCGAGUUCAUAUGACAUUCUCUGAACUGAUUUCUGAUCUGACCACUGGUAUAGAUAACGAAGUUGAAGUUAUACGUUCACUUUAUCGAUGGACUACUGGUAAGGAUACCAGAUAUGAAGAUUAUGAUCCAGAAGCUCCAUCUGAUUCAUUGAUUGGGAUGUUGAGACAGAUGAAAUAUAAUCAGUUAUCGCGUAAUGAAUUAUUUUAUGAACUAUGCCGGUAUGCUGGAUUACAAUGUCAAUAUAUAACUGGUUAUUCUAAAGGUGCUGGAUAUCGUCCAGGCAUGCCAAUUAAAGAUAAUCAACUUUUUCGUAAUACUUGGCUUGCAGUGUACAUUUGUGAUGGUUGGCGUUUUGUAAAUUGUAAUUGGGGUGCUCGGUAUUUAUCGGAAAAUUUACCAGACGGUCGUUCGUCUUCAUCUGAAUGUGAUGAAUUUUAUUUUCUAACUGAUCCAGAACAACAUGUUUUUGAGAAUUUACCUGAUUUAAAAGUAUGGCAGCUAUUACGCAAACCAUUGAGUAUGGAUCGAUUCUGUCACUUACCACUACUUAAAUCGCCAUUUUUCAAUGCUAAUCUAUUUUUGAAAAAGAAUUAUUCCGAUUGUUUAGUUACCAAAAAUGGACAGGUGAGUGUAAAAAUAAAAAUGUCGAGAUUUGUUGGCAUUUCCUGCAGCUUAGAAAACUGUGCCGAUCAUAGUAUUCUGUUAGGGUUAUGCUUAGUCGAAAUCCUGUUACGACCAUCAGGUACUGUACGCAUUGAAGCUGCUCCAUCACAACCAGGAAAGUAUUAUUUGAACGUUUAUGUUUCACCUGAUUGGCGGCGUGAAGACAUCAGGGAAUUGGCAUGUUCAUUUCAGUUUCCUAGAAUCGUUCUUACAAAAGGAAUUUAGAAAUAAACAUUCAUUGCUCAGAAUAUAAUUAUUCUCGUCUAGUUGUGACUGGUCGAUUGCCUGAAGUUGGCUUUCUUGGUCGUACACCUGCUUCAGAAGUGCAUGGUGUACUAAUGGUACCAGAAGGUGAUGCGUCAGAUGGUCGACCAUACAUUGUACACAAUGAUCCAAGACCUCUGAAAAUUCCUUUUGCCAUUGCUCCUGGUUUAAAGCUAUGCCACCAAUUAAAAUCGUUUGAUCGACCAGGUCAUCAAAUGGCAGAUUGUGAUAGUUAUGCAUUGCUUCAAAUGAAACCAAACCAUCAUAGUAGUAUUACACAUUCAAAGCCAUUCAAAUCUCAGGCUAAUGCCUAUUAUAACGUUCGUCUACCUGUACAAGCAUUUUACUACUUGACUAUUUAUGCUUUUAAUGAAAAUGAUAUUGUCAAAGAUCAUCUAGACUGUGUGUAUCGUAUUUUAAUUGAUGCACGUAACUGUCGUUCUUCUGAGUUAAUUCAGGCUUAUCCGCGUCAAACAUUUUGGUGGGUUCAGUGUCGAUUAAUUGAACCUAAACAUCAGCAUUUAUUCAUUAACCGAAAUUAUAAAUUCUGUCUAGACGCUCCUCAAUGUGAUUCUGUAGCUGUUGUAAUCAAUGGAUCAGAAUGGCACUUCCUUACUCCAUCUUCACCAAUAUCACCAUCUAAACUCCAUUCACCAUCUGGCAGUAAUCAUCAUGGUCGUUGGAGUGGUAAAGUUUAUACUGGCAAAUGCUUGGGACAGUUAUCUGUGUUUGGACGUAUACCUCAUAUUAAUAAAUUUAAGGAGAUAAGUUUAGAAAAUGAAUGCAGAAUAAUUAAUGAUUCCAUGCAUGGGGGUUAUAAUGGUAAUGACCAUGCAAAUAAUACUGAUACUACUACUACUAAUAAUAAUAAUAAUAACGAUGAAGAUGAUGAAGAAAAUUCCUAUAUUAAACUUUUAGAUUAUAUUCUCGUUCAAAAAGAAUUGUUUAGCUAACAGUUUGUUUAAGUUUACUAAUAAUUAUCUUUACAGUUUAUAACAUCUAAUCAAACUGAACACUUCCAUUUUCUGUGGAUAUUACUUUUUUAUUACCAAUUAUAUUCUUCAGAGUAGCUCAACUGUUAAUACUACGUGUUUCAAAGUACAGUAGUUAUUAAUAAUCAUAUUUAUUAUGUAAUAGUUGAAUAUAUUUUGUGAUUUCCUUACUUCCACUAUUUAUUUUCUGCUUAUUUAAAUGUCUUGAUAAAGAAAUAAUUAAAAUUAUGCUCUCACAAUUAUUCUUCCACUUAUAUGUGAUAAAAUUUACUAGUUGUUUUUUAUUUAUUAACAUUUAUUUAUUUACUUUUAUUUUGUUAUCGACUAGCUAUUUUGCGUGUAUUUAGUAGUUUUACGUCAGUUUUAUUCCUUUUGGAAAGAGAUACAUAUUAAAGUAUGAUAUGCAAGGAGAGAGAGAAGGAGAAUAACAAAAAAAAUUGUUGACUUUUGAUUGUAUUAAUUACGCUUCAUUAUUUCUUUUUGUUUGUGAGAAAAUUUAUUCCACUAACUGACUAAAGUAUGAUGGAGAUUUUUUCCCAUUUCUAGUUGAUUAGUUUGAUUUCCUAGUCGAUUGAUUUCCUUCUUUAGUGGUUAGUAAAAAUAUUGCAUUAAACAAUAAAAAUCACUUGUUUUCUUUUGAUUGACACAAUCUGAACUUCAAUCGACUCUCAAUGAGUAUGCACAAUAUAGCAGUUAUCUAGAGGAAAUGUUUUUCUUCUGUUAAAUUAUCAAUAAUAAUGCUGAUAAAGAGAAUCCAGCGAAGAAAAUUUUGAUUUCUACGAAACCAUUUACAUAAGUUGUACACUCGUAUUUAUAGUUAUAUGGAAAAUAUGUCUAUAGAAGGAUAGAAAUGAUUGCAUCAUAAAUUGAUUCCAAACUCUUAUUACCAGAUGAGGUUACACAAGAAAUUUUUCUACGCUGAAUUCUCUUUAUUUUUAUUCAAUGACACAAUGGGUUAUUUUAAUAAUGCUGUUAAUUUAAUAUUUUAAUUUGAUUCGAUUGUAUUUUCUUUUUUAUUAAAUAUAAUAUUAUAUUAAUAAUAAUAAUAAUAAUAAAAGGGCUACCGUAAUUCUUUACGCACACUCAAAAAGACAUUUAUUCUUUCGGAAAAGUUUUCUGACUCUUAGUUGAUUAUUUCUAAUUUAUUCACUAGAUUCUAUGCAUAUUCAUUUUAACUGUGUGCAUAGCUAACAUGUAAUUAGUUUUUUUGUUAAUUGUUUUCCUCUUGCCUUAUUAUUGAUUAUGUAGUUUUAAAGCAAUAAAUAAUACGAUGGGUAACUUUCAUUCUCCGACGUUUAUUAAGGUUUGUUGAUAUAAAGUGAAAGAAAAUACUGGAAUUUAUAUAUUUGGUUGUUUUACCUUCUUUUCUCAUCACUUAUGUUUGUGUAUUGUGUAUGAUACGAUAUAAUUGUGCUUACUUGAUUAGCUUGACUGUUUUUAUAUUGUUUAACUAUGUUUGAAUAUAUAAUGUAUAUGGAGGGCAA